UGACAGUGAAUUACUAAAUUGAAAAUGAAAAAGUAGAGUCUUAUACUUAUGUUGAUUGAUUGCUCGUCUGGUUACCUCACAUAGACUAAGAAUGGCAUCAGAUAUAAAAGGUGUUAAGACGUACUCGAGCUUGGAUAGAGAAGAAUUCCUCGAGGAUGGAUAUUAUACACACUACUCUCUGUUAGAAGUGUUCUCAUCUGAGAUGCUUGUUGAGAUCCUCAGUCAUCUCAAGUGGCAGGACUUGACCAGAGUAGCCCAGACAUGUACGACACUAAGAGACAUAGUCGCCUGCGCCACACUAUGGCACAGACUGUGGAAACUGGACUUUACCAACUGCCAAAGCCCACAGAAAAAGCACAUUAUGCAUGUAGCAGCCAGGUGUCCUAAUGCAGGGUUUCUGAAGUUGGGGAGUGUAGACUUUCCUGAAGAUGAAGAUCAUGGUGCCACAGCUCCAAGCGACAUACCAGUUAAUGGUGUAGAAUCUGGUGAUGCAGCAGAUGAUGAUGUCACUUUAGGUGAUGAUUUGGCUGCUGACAAUAAUGUAGCUGCUAAUGAUGCAGCUGCUAAUAAUGAUAUAGUAGAUGCUGAAGGACCUGCAGGAGUGGCAGGUGAUGAAGGAGCUAAUCACAUGCCAGAUCUAGGAGAUGGGCAAAAUGAAGAAGAAGAAGAAGCAGAGUCUCCAUGGCAACCAUAUGAUUUAAUGAUACUUGAGAUUUUGAGACUCUGUCCCAACCUGAGACAUAUAGACUUGGCAAAUGAUGGCAUGACUAAUAGAUCAGUUGAAGCAGUUGCAGCAAAGUGUGACAAAUUAAAGACUCUUAGCAUUGGGGAGAGUGAGCAGAUAGGCAAUCAUGUCAUUGUUGACCUCGUAUCAACAUUGAGCCAUCUCAACUCUCUCACAAUCUCAAGAUGUAUCAAUGUGUACAAUCUGGAUUUAGCCCACAAAGACAGCAAUAUUCUUCUCUCCAACAUCACUACACUAAGGUUACAUGGUUUAUAUCUGGAGGGCCCUAACAUAGAGGUGAUGUGUAAGAACUGCCCUUGUCUGGAACACCUUGAUUUAUCAGGUUCGAAGCGCCUGAGGGGUAUCUCCACAGAUCUGCAACAGUUGGAGAUCUCCUGUUUAAAAACACUCAUUCUCAACAACUGUACAGGUUUUGAAAUGCUCCACUUGUCUAGUGGUGCUGCUGAGCUACAAUGUGUUGAUGUCUCGUAUUGUAAGAACAUUAGACAUAUUCACCUCAACUGUGAAUCAUUAUCUGAGUUAAAAACAGAUGGAUGUGAACAUUUAGCAGAGGUGUCCAUUCUCUCCUCCAACAUGACCCAGUUGAACCUUAGUAGGCUUGAUUCCCUUUCUGUGAUCUCUAUACACUGUCCGUCACUUACUGAUGUCAAUCUCUCUCAUAGUCCUAGUCUGAAGAUAGAUCAACUUCUGCAAAUACAGCAAUUAAAUCAGGUUGAGAAAUUGUACCUCACAGGAUGUAAACGUAUGCCUCCAACUGACAUCAGUAAGCAAGUGCUGCCAUCUAUGACAAAUCUCCGAGUAUUACACCAUGGUGGCCAUGACUGGACUUAUGUUGAGCUUUGGUCAAAAACAUUACAGACACUGGCUUUAAGUCAUCUUACAAAUGCCAGUGGUAUAUUGUUGCGGAUGCCUGGGCUGAAAGACCUCUCUGUAUACAACUGUCCAGUUAUCACUGAGAAUGAACUGGUGGAUGGGAUACUACUAGGGAGAAAGGUGGCCAGGUAUCAAGGCCUGGUAACUGCUGAGGAGGCUGAUAGCUAUUCAGGGGAACUAGACCCACAGUUUGGUGCAGUGAACUUGAAGUCUCUCUCCCUAAGUAUGCUGCCAAACAUACAGGGCAACCUUCUGUCCUGCACUGCAUGCAGGCUCAACCAACUGACACACUUAGAGAUCAACAAAUGUGCAUUUUUAAGAAAAUUGGACCUAUCUACAUGGCUCAAUUUACAACAAGUGACAGUGAAUAGUUGUAGCAAGUUGCAAACUGUUGUGGCCACAGGGAAAACAAUACAUACUCUAGAACUCAAGUGGUGUGGUGUGGUCCAACAUUGUAGCAUCAGCACUCCCUCUUUACGGGAAAUCGACCUCAAGGGAUCCAACUUUGAAUACUUUUUCCUUGAUGCACAACAUCUAAGGACACUUGAGAUAAAUGGGAUUUGUUUUAACCCUGACCACACCGCAGUUAUUAAAUGCCCCAACCUGUACACAUUAGUAUUGAAGCAAUGUGGCUGUUCAACCCUAUACUUAGAUGCAAUAUUGAGGGACUGCCCCAAGAUCUCAAAUCUUCAACUGUCAGCAUGCAAUAAAAUAAAUUCUCUCACAAUAACACAGAACAUAGAAGUUCUGAAAUUAAUCAGCCUGAGGAGACUGGAGAAUAUUAUAGUAGACCCAUCCCUUGGGAGGCCUUGUCCAAUCAGAGAGCUAGUCUUACAUAACUUGCCCAAGAUAACUCCAAAGUUAAGAAGAUGCCUUUUUGAGCAACAUAAGGACACUUUAAGAAUUGUAGAAGUGCGAGCUCUUGCUAAAGAAACAGAUCUCACCCUAAGUCUUCCAAACCUGUCACAUCUAACAUUGGACCAGGGUAUACACCUCAAACAAAUCAAGAUCAUAUGUCCCAAACUGCAGUACCUGAGAAUACAAGGAUGUCCCAACCUGAAGGAGCUUGGACUACACAUUGAAGAGCUCCCCCUGCUACAGGUGGACCACAGUUCCCCCCUGAUAGCCCUGCAGCACCUACAUCUCACCUCUCACAAUGUCAAGUUCCUUGGUAGAGUACUCAGAUAUUACUGUCCCAACAUUGUGAAGCUGACCCUCUCUGGAGAUAACACUUCAUUGGCCAGGAUACGGAAUGUUGGCCAUGCUCUAGAGCAUCUCACGACAUUGAUAUUACUGGACUGUACACCCUCAGAUGAUCUUAAACCUUGGAUUGAUAAAGACUUAGAACUUGCUCCUAAUGAACUUCAAAGAGAAAGUAAUUCUUUAACAGUGCAGUUUAGGUAGCAGGUGUUUGACGAAUUAGAUGUUAUCAAAAAUGUUUUGCAAUAAACUCUAUGUGAAAGCAAUUUUUGUUAAGAUGUACAUCUGUGAGGCUGAAUUUUUUUAAACUAAAUAAAGUGGAACCAUUUUUGAUCUAAAAAGAUGCAUUCGCAAGUAGUUUGUUUAAUUAAGAAAUAAAGAUGGAAACUGUAAAAUGUUUUACAUGUGGGAUUCAGUGCUGAGAUUUGGUUGUUAAGAGGUCUGAGAAAAUAAUGUAUUUAUUAUGAUCGUAAUAACCAGCCUUUAAAAAGUAAGCAAAAUUCUUAAAUUCUAGGGGAGCCUCAAAUUGCCAAUUUUCCCAAAAUUUCCAAAUGUUGCCAAUGUUUUUCAUGAUUGUGUUUAUCAUUUUAUAUCUUUUUGAAAAUGUUGAAAAAGGUGUGUGCUCAAUAAAAUUUUACAGGACUUCAAUAAGCAUUGAUUGAUUUCUGAAAACCAAAUUCGUUAAAAAAUGUUAUGGAAAAUUUCACCUUAUAGUAGGUCAGUACUCACUCAUACUGUCAUACAUUACAAUAUGUUAUCACAAAAGAAUCUUCAUAUUUUAUAUAAAAUAUAUUAUUACCUAUCAAUGUACAUGCAUGUCUAUACAUAUGUUGAGU